AUGGCGGCCGCCGCCGCCGACCUCCUCGCCGCCCUCUCGUCCCCAUCCUCCCACGCCGGCCUCCACUCCCGCUUCGCCGCCUACCUCCGGCCCUUCACCGCCCAUCUGCCCACCUCAAACCCUAGCCCGGGAGGCGCGAUCGCCCUCCGCCCCCUCGCCAAGCGCUUCCUCCCGUUCCUCGGCCGCGCGCUCCUGCUCCUCCCGCCUCUCGUCCGCGCGAGCUCGGGCGACGCGGGUGGCUCCGUCCGGUGCGCCGACGAGCUCUUCGAGAUCUACGCCCUCCUCCUGGACUGCCUCGAGGCCAUUUCGCCCUGCCUCGCGGGGAAGCCCUACUCCGUGCUGCUCCAGCGCGGCCGCUUCGUUUGCUGCCUCGAGUCGCGCGGCUGCCUCUGGCGCGCCGAGGAGGAGGCGGUCGCCGCCCUCGACGCCCUCCGCUCCGCGCUCUCCCCACCCGCAGCGAGCACCAAGUCACGAUCACGACGCGGCGGCGCUGCAAGUGCUGCCUCCAUUAUCCUUCUUCCGGACCCUGCUGGCGUCGCUGGGGAGGCUGCCACGGAUCCUGAUGUCGCAACCCUCGCGGUGGAGCUCACCGUCUGCCUCGCUAAUUGUGCCAGCAAGGGGAAGGUGAAGGAAGCCGCCACUUACGAACGGGUUCUCAGCCUCGUCGAGCAGCUCCAGCCAUGGCUUCCGAUUCUGCCUGAAAACGUCAGCAGGAAGUAUCUCACCCUGCUUUUGAAUGCAAUGAGUCGGUGCGCCUUUUUCCUUGCUGCCGAGCCUUCAGUUUUCGGUGCUGAUGAUGAUCUGGUGCAUAGAUUCUGUGUUGCUACGUUAGAAGAAUGUGUGAAGGUGCAGACGAUUGACCGUUUGCUGGUGGUUGCUCGCAAGAUUUGCUCUUCUCUAGAUUUGAGUUGGGAAGGGAGCACAAGGCUUUUACUUGAUCUGUUGAAAUGUACCACUGAUUCUGUUGUAUGUUUAAAGGCUGACUUACCAAAAGCUGCAAAUGAUUUUCUGGUGUUUGUGGCAUAUGUUUCUCGGUGCUUUCUUUCUGUAAAUAGGGAUAGACGUGCUGGCGCUUCAGUACUACUCUUUAAAGCAGGCAGUUAUUUCUCUGAGGUUUCUUCUCCUAUUGCCUCAGUGCUUCUUCUUUAUGCCACUGGAUUAUACUUCAGUGCCCAGCAAAUGGAAAGUGAUGUGCACCUUUGUAUAUCUGAACAUUUUCUCAACGACAAAAAGCAACAUACAAACGCAGUUUGGAAGAACUUCUCUGAAGGAAAAGCAAUAUGUUAUUCUGGAAACUUAACCUAUGUCUUAACAGCACUGCACCAGUUCAUUGAUUCCAGCCUCAUGGCUCAUAGCUGUGCAAAAAUGUCAUCAGGAGACAAGGAGAGACUACAUGAACAUCGUGGAACCUUACUGAAUGCCCUUGUUUCAGCAAUUAAAAUUUCCUUUGCUACUAGCAAAGCUGUCGAGGCACCAAAGGUAUUAGAGCUUUGCUGCCAAACAGUAUGGGUGCACGUCAGACGAUCUUACUGUAGACUAUCAGAAAUGGGAGAAGGGAAUGGAAUCUCUGAGGUUCUACCGAAGGAUACAUUGAAAGAUAUCAUUGUGGAUGCUUUUACGAGGAUUGCGAAGAUGGUCGAUGUUCUUCAUAGAUGUGGCGCAAAAGUUACACGUGAGAUUGUUGUGAAGAGCCUGUUGCUGUUGGUUGAUGGUGACAUGUCUGAGUAUUUGAAUAGUUCUUUGAUACUGAUCAAAUUGUGGGUUAAGGAGGAGUUAGCAUUUGGAUCAACAGAACCUCGAGGCACAAUAUUCUGUGCUCAAAUGCAAACAAGGAUCAUAGAUAUUCUCUUGGAUGAAAUGUACAGUCCAGAAGAAUACUUUUUGGAGAGAUCAAGGGUUCUUGUUAGAAAGGCAGGUGUACUUCGUUCAUCUGGUAUGCAAAACAUAAGCAGUUGCCUUGAGUCUUUAUCAGAAGCCAUAUCUUUACUACUGAAAAAUACUGCACUGGAUUUAUCUCAAAGAAAUCCAACUGUGAUCAAUCAAUUGGCUACUGCACAUUGCUUGCAUGCACACUGUGCUCAGGAAGGCAAUCUUGAUGACGAGGUGGUGCUUGGUAGUGCUAGGAGUGCACUUGACUUGUGGUCAGAGGUGGAAUCUUUUGUUCGUUCUUCUCCUGGUAUGAUCUCUCAACAGGAAUCCAGAACUAUUGUACCACUUCUUUGUUCUCUGAUUGAUUUGUUGGCAAUUAAAAGGAUGUUUCCUACUGACUUGGUCCUUUCUCAAUCAUACAAACAUUCAAAUGGAAAGAAGUUCAGUUUUAAUUUGAGUGUUGAUGAGGUCGAUAAAGUUGCAUCAUCUCUGGUUUCUGAAGUUGCUUCAAGUGGCCAGCCAAUCUUCAUAGCUGGCUGUCUGUACUAUGAUUUGUCAGAAAAGCUUUUAUCAGGAGGCCAUCUUUCUCAGGCCUUUUCAUAUGGAAAAGAAGCCCUCAAUCUGCGCAAAAAGCUCCUUAAAAAGGAAUUCAAACUAAAUCUGGGUAGGAUUGGAAGCGGGGCAAGCCAGUGUUGCGGUGAGCAAGGCUUUGUGUGUCUCGAAGCAUGUGGAUCAACAGUAACUGAAAUUUGGCCUGAUUCCACCAGAUCAACCAGCAUGAAAGAUUCUUUCCUUACUCCGUGGAAUAUACUUAGAUGCUAUCUUGAAAGCAUUUUACAGGUUGCUUUGAUGCAUGAAUUGUCUGGUAAUGAUGCUGAAGCAGAAGUUCUUGUACGGACAGGAAAAGAGAUAUCACAUUUCCAUAAGUUACCAGUUUUCCAUAUUGCUUUUACAUCAUUGCUAGGUCAACUGUACCGUAAGCGGCAGCUAUGGGAUGAAGCUGAGAGUGAGCUUAAAUAUGCCAGAGAUUUUCUUGCAGAAAAUGAUUCAUUCAUUUCAUGCAAGCUGUGUAGAUUGACUCUGAAGAUAUCACUUGACAUGAAAGAUGGUGAUAAGAAACAUUCUACAGGGAAUUUUUCUGGUGCUUUAGUCAGGUACAAGGCUGCAAUGGACAAAUUGAACAGCACUGAAUUUCUUGCUGGAACCUAUGAUGGCCAUAAACCUGGUGGUGUUCUGUGCAACAAAGAUUAUAUUGGCCAAACCUGGUGUGAAGCUUGUAAGCAUGGUAAAGAACCGUUAGUUGCAAAGGAUGACGUGUUACCUACAUGCAUUAGUUGCAAAGGAAAAUCAAACUGCUAUCUUAAUGGUUCUGAUUGCAGAAAAGAUGACAUAUGUGAUAUGUUUGGAUGUUGGAACUGUCUUUUGGUUAAAUCACUCAAUUCCGGUUCCAUUCAGAAUAUUUUGCAGUUCAGAUUUAACUGCGUUCUCCAACGCUACCUUUUGCCACUUCUGUUAAAAAAAGCUAGAGCCAUGGGAGCUCAUAAUGGAGAAUAUGGAGCUCAUGAAAUUUAUAACAUUUAUUGGCAGUGCAUAUCACUGUUGUACUUCAGAUCACUUCCACAGGAGCGUGCAGAAAUACUACAUAGUAUGAGCCUUUUUGUGCUAAAAGGAUUCCUUCCUGAACAAUCAAGGGAUGUCUGCUGCACCUUCUCUAGUGUAGGAAUGUCUUGUGUCGUUCCCUGGUUGUUGAAAGCUUUUGUUCUAUCCAGAGAAAGCCCGUCACUUUUUCAGAAGAUUUCUAUUGGAAGUCUCAGUUGCCAUGACCUUGCUUCCUUACAAGUAUUACUCAGAGAAAUGGUUAGGAAGGGGCCCCUUGCAGAUUCCGGAGAUGAGACGGAUGAGUGUGUUUCAAAAUUUCCGAGGUUAGCAGGCAUAGAACAUAUUGAGAAACAUGUAAGUGACUUCUUCCAUAAACUUCCGGAUGUACCAACCGUGUGUAUUAGCAUGCUUGGAGAUGAUUAUGUUGAUGUUUUUGGGGAAAAUCUUCUUGAAGAUGAUUAUGUGGAUAUUCUUGGGGAAAAUGUUGCUCCUUCCUUUUUUCCUGCUUGGAUGUUGAUUUCAAGGUUUCAUUCAACAAAUAAACCUACGGCAAUGCUUCUGCCUGUGGGCGCUAUUUUAGAAGAAAUGCAGUCUGAAGGCUCUUCUAUCAAAGAUUUGGGCAAUCGAAUGAGUGUUUCAGAUAAGAAGUGGCAGUGCCCUUGGGGCUAUGCUAUUACAGACCAUGUGGCCCCAACCUUUAGAAGUAUACUUGAGGAGAAUUUUAUGUCCCUCUCUAGUGCAACUCUCACUAUAAAUGAUGGACAAGCAAACUGUGUUAGGUGGUGGGCACAUAGAAUGAAGCUCAACAACUACCUUGAUAAACUACUGAAAGAUAUGGAAGAAUUAUGGUUGGGGCCCUGGAAAUGCCUUCUCUUGGGCCACCAACCUUCUAAUGAACACAUUGAGGCAGCCUCGUCAAGUAUUGUCACUUGUCUCGAAGAAUUCAAAUUGGAAGUCAAUCCAGAGCUCAUCAAGGCUAUCCUUGGUGGUGCUGUGUCAGUAGAUGAAGUGCACGAAUGUCUUUAUCAACUCAUUUUGUAUAAAGGUUACGUUGGAAGGGGACAGUGUUGUGAAAAAGAUAGACUUAGGUCCUUUUCUUCUUGGCAGAUUGAUACUAAAGCUCUAGAGACACUCAAGUGUUUAAUUGAAAAUACAGUGGAUGGACUGCUGGAGUCAGCUGAUAGAGGUCCAGUGAUUUUAAUUCUGGAUAUCAAUGUGCAGAUGCUUCCUUGGGAGAACCUGCCAGUACUAAGGAAUCAAGAAAUUUAUCGCAUGCCUUCAAUGGGAAACAUCUUUUUAGCACUGACUCGAUGCAAUAAUCAUUACAAAGAUGGCAAUGUUGUGGCCCCUCGUUUCCCAGCUAUUGACCCUUUCAACACAUUUUAUCUGUUGAAUCCUAAUGGUGACCUGAGCAGCACACAAAAAGAAUUUGAGCAGUUUUUCAGAAACUACAAGUGGAAGGGAAACGCUGGGCAUAAUCCAACCAGUGAAGAGCUGGUCAUGGCUUUGGCAAAUUAUGAUCUUUUCCUGUACUUUGGACAUGGAAGUGGAGCUAAGUACAUUAACUUGAAGGAAAUUGAGAAGCUAAAUAACUGUGCAUCUGCUGUUCUUAUGGGGUGCAGCAGCGGAGCACUGCAUUGCAAAGGGAGUUAUGCACCUCAUGGGGCCCCGCUGUCCUAUUUGUCCGGUGGUUCACCUGCUGUAGUUGCAAAUCUCUGGGAUGUUUCAGAUAAGGAUAUUGAUCGGUUUAGUAAAGCUUUGCUCCAUUCAUGGCUGCGAGAAGAUUCUGCAGAUGACAGCAAUUGCUUGCAAUGUUCCCAACUGACACAAGAGUUUGAAUCCAUAAAUAUUGGUGUUGAGGGAAAUGACAGGAGAAAUGUUGAUACCAAGCGGUGCAGCUGCAGGCAGAGGCGAGUAGCUUCAAAUCUAAGUAAAGCGAGGAGUGCUUGCAGGCUUCCACAUCUGAUUGGCGCAUCUCCUGUUUGUUAUGGUGUGCCUACUAUCAUCAGAAGGUAGUAAUGCGUGGCUAGUUCUCUAGCAGGAGAUGUCAUGAUCUCCAAAGUGUCGCAUUAUAAACAUGGUGGCAUACAUAUCUAGGAAGGACAAUUUCUCGCUGAUUCUUCCACACUUCAUUUAGGAAGGGCAAUAUUUUUGUCUUCUAAGUUUUUGACAUGAUUUUUUUUUAAUUUUGUGUACUAGGCUGGAUUAUCAACACUAGAGACUCUGUCGCAUUGUCAACACUAGAGACUGUGGCGCACCUCGGGUGCGUGCCAAUGUUCGGUCCAGUGUGGAACGUAGAG